AUGUAUCUUCCACCAGAUCUCUCGAGAUACUCGAGGCAAACGCCUCAACAGUUUAUGCAGAUGUUGAAUAGUACCAUUUUACCAUUGCAGACGACUGAUCCCAAUUGUAUAUUCAGGCUAAAGGAGGAGGAAUUCGAGUUCGACCUAUUGGACGCAACUUUUAAACCUGAUAUGGCCCUCAGGGUUUCCCGAACCCCAUUAUUGAGCACAGACCCUCGUACCUAUGCUUCUUUGUCGAAAUUUAUUGAGUAUAACCUUAGAAAGUACCACUCCACUCUUGCUAAUGCCAAUCAGAAUCAACUCAUCCGGCCGUUGGGCCUUCCCCCGGAUUUGACCGGUGUUCAGGCAGAAAGUAAGACAGAGGUGCUGCCGUUAGGAUGCAGCAUAAAUCCGCUUAGUUCCGAUCCAUUCAAGAAUGUUCAUUUGACGCCGGGAUUUCUGUGUGCCAUAGUGGAUUAUGCUGUGGUGGAGGAAUGGCAAUCACGUGUCGAAAAGCAGAGACAUGCUGGGAGUCCUGCCGCUACCUCCAAGUCCAGUCAUUCUGCAAGCAGUAAAAAUGCCGAAUCUUCGGGGCUUCCGGGAAUGCUCUUUGGAAAGAGUCGUCAGAACUCCAAGACCCUUCCUGACCGUAGCCUCCAUUCGUUGAAAUCUCCUCAGACUGUAAUUUCUCGAAACAGCUCCAGCUUCAUCGAUAGAGUGGUGACUGGCGACAAUUUUAACAAGAAGUUUGCCAAUAAUGGUAAGCUUUUGAUUGGUUGUAAUGGUCGGGCCAUUAACAUGAUUGUACUAGACAACAGUCCCAAACAUAUAGAGGUGGAUCCUCCUGCCUUGAAGAUGAAUGCUAGUUCCAGUGUGAUCACUUGCCUUGAUACUUUUCCUCACAUUGGUAGUGAUGGAGAGAGAAGCUUGGACGUUUUGGUGGGUUUUGGAUCGGGUGACUUACUAUGGCUAGAUCCGAUCAUACAGAAAUAUACGCGGUGGAACAAGAGAGGAUGGCUUAAGGAAGGUCCUGUUAUGUCUGUUGAGUGGUCUAAAUGUGGAUCAUUUGCGAUGGUUGGAUUUGCCGAUGGUGAUGUUCUCAUCUUCAGUCGAGAUCUGGAAGAUGAUGAAAGUUAUGGAGACACUCCGAAGACGCUAGUUUAUAAGGACAGAUAUAUGAGGACAUAUCGAACUUUGAUGACAGAGGGAGACAACAGGAGAAAGCGGAAUCCUAUAGCACACUACAAGUUUUCUAGGAAGGCUAUAGUGGACAUAACAACGCAUCCUUUAUACCAUAACAUAGUGGCUAUGGCAUGCGAUGAUGGAUACUUACGAAUAUUUGAUUUGUUGAAGGAGCGAAUUACUGAUAUACAGGAGUCUUAUUAUGGAGGAUUUCUCUCGGUCUCUUUUACCGAGGACGGUAAGUAUCUUCUUGCUGGUGGAGAGGAUGAUCUUGUUUCAAUUUAUGAAUUUCAAGGGAUAAGUAAGUUUACUCCUGCAAGCAGUGGAUUAAUAAAGCUGGUUGCUCGUCUAGAGGGAUCUAAAUCGUGGGUUAGAGAUAUCACUGUCGAUAGGCACAGGUCUAAGAGUGGUAUAUUGUACCGGAUAGGUACUGCCGGCGAUGAUGGAGUUCUCCGAUUCUAUGAAUUUCAACCUAGAAAUCUUCCCAAGGUGAAGAAAAUUGCCAGAAAGACUGCGAUUUCUACCUCAUCUGCAGUAAGGGCGCUACCCCUGAAAGUAUCCGUAUCAAAUUCGAUGCCAGCCAAGGCUACGGCUAUGCGUCGUGCAUUGACCUCAAAGCACGGCAAGAAUACAGAAUCUAUCUCAUCACUGACGUCUUCCAAUACGAAUCGUAGACUUUCCUUACUUGAGAUGAUCAGCCAUGGAUCGGCAACUUCGUUACAACAGCUACAACAGCAACAGGAAACAAAUCUUGAAGAUAAAUGUGUCAAGGCGAAUUAUAUAUUCUCGGAUCAUAAGUUGCCAUGCUUGAAAACUGAUAGUGGUACUUUAGGUUCGCAUUUCCAUAUAUCAGUUGGACUGAAGGAAUGUCCAAUCAUAUUUCCAAUUUGCGAGAAGGAUGUCAAGUUGGGAAGAUUGAGUGGCUUAUAUUUUGAGAAAGAUUAUGUUUGGGCGUUUGUUGCCACGGGUGAUUCAGUGAGAUGGAAGAGACCAUAA